UUCCUUUACGACAUCACAGUUCUAUGUCGACUAAUAAAAUAUACAGCAUAAUUAAAAGAUUGUUAAGGCUAAUAGCCCUAAUAGACCUCUUUAAUGUUUUGAAAAGCUGAUGUAAUUAGUAUUUACUGUACGGUAUAAAUGUCUACUUAGAAAUCGCGUUAGAUUCCGUGACAAUUUUAUUAAAAGUUUCCCAUUACAAAGACCUUUUUGUUUCCACAAUGUCUACAGCUCCGAGUGGAACACAUAAUUUCAAAGUGGUAUUGCUAGGAGAAGGCUGCGUUGGAAAAACAUCUCUUCUGCUACGAUAUAUCGAAGAUAAAUUCAAUGAUAAACAUUUGACUACACUACAGGCAACAUUCUUAAACAAGAAACUCAACAUCAAUGGAAAACGUAUUAAUCUCUCGAUUUGGGAUACAGCUGGUCAGGAGAAGUUUCAUGCUUUGGGUCCUAUAUAUUAUAGAAACUCAAAUGGUGCCAUACUAGUUUAUGACAUCACAGAUGAAGAUUCAUUUGGAAAGGUAAAGAACUGGGUGAAGGAACUAAAGAAAAUGCUUGGAUCGGAUAUUGUUUUAAUAAUUGCAGGCAACAAAGUUGAUUUAGAACAUGAAAGAACAGUGCCUCUAGAAGAAGCUGAGAGUUAUGCAGAUAUGGUUGGUGCUAAACACUUCUACACAUCGGCAAAGUUGAAUCAAGGCGUAGAAGAACUUUUUUUGGAGCUGACAAGAGAGAUGGUUGAACGAUUUGAGCAAAACACCCGGAUCGAUUCAACUAGAGCAUCUAGGGUUCUAGUCGUCGAUGAUGAAGCACCAACACAGUCAUCUUGCUGCUUAGGAUAUCGAAAUAAUUGAAUUGCUUAGGUAAUAUUUGAUGUACAUAAACAUUCUAUCUUAUUGUUUGACUCUAUUUAUGGAACUUAUUAUAUCAAGGUGUAACGGUGACUUGUAGAUCAAUUGAUUAAAAUAAAUGUUAUUCAGUUGUUUAAAUUUAAAUACUUAUUAAUAUUCAAAAAUUGAGUUUGAAAAUCCACAGCCACAGCUUGAAUGUUAACUUAUGUAUUGAUUAUUUAGUAGAAACUUAUAACAUAUAAUUACAAAAUUCAACUUGAGCUUGAAUUAUAUUCAUUAUAUCCAAUAGUAGGAAAGAACUGGUAGUAAGUUGUACAUUAUUCUCAACGUUUUAUUAAUUUGUGAGGUAUAUAUCUACUUUCAAGUUACUAUUAUAGUGUGAGUGCCAAUCCAAUAUUAAAUUGGACUUAGUAAAUCUUAUAUUAACUAUUUAAAACUUGUUCAAAUGAUUUUGUUUUUUUUUUUUUAUACUUGGGCAAUCUAAUUAAGAAGAUUGAUAGAUUAUUAUUAGUUGUACUGAUAUCAAUGUAGUUGAUGGCUAAAUUAUAAAUAAUUGUUAAAUUACUUUCUCAUUUUUAGAUAUGUAAAUUUUCACUUUUUGUAAAUUUAUCAGUUACUCUUAAGAGAUUACUAUAGUGCCUAUUUACUUUGUUAUCUAUUUGAUAGCCCAUAAAAGAUAAAAAACCAAAACUAUUUAUACAACAAUUUUAACAUUUUUAAGUAACUGUAAUUUGUGAUGAUGUAUGAAAUUUAAUAAUAAUAUGAGCUCUACUCUACUUUCUUAUUAUUAUUUAAAUUAAUGCGCAAGACAAUUAAAAAAAAACAUUCAUUACACAGAGUCACUAUAGUUGCUGCAACAAACUUAAUUCUAGGCAAUUUUUAUUAUGUCUCCGCCUUAUUAAAUGUUUUUUAAUGGUGAAUGUUUUUAUUUAAAUUGUUUGACACGAAAUUUUGUAAUUACCAUUCCUUAUCAUAUUUCACAGAAUAUAUUUAUAUAUAUAUGUAUUUAUAAAUAUCCCAUUAAAUAUUAUCUUAUGAUUACUGCAUAUUGUUUUUAUAAUAAGUAAUUUAAUUGCCUUAGUUAACGCAAUGAGCUGUGACAAAUAUUUUAAUAUAUAUUCUAAUUUACUUGCUUAAAUUAAACUAAAAUCUUUUUUAAUAUAAAUGUAGUUGUAAAAAAAAAACAAA